GCCGCGGCACCGCCCCCUUCACUGCCCGAUCCCCCGCUCGCGCGGCUCCCACAAUGCACCGCACAAUGGCCCGACCGCCGCCACUACCGGGGCCUGAGCGGGCCUGGCGGAGCCCGAGCGCGGCCCGGCCCGCAGCGCGGGGCUCCGAGCGCGGUGAAGCGAUUGUUUUCUGAAAGCUGCGUUGGAGGCUGUGACAGAGCAGAGAACCUGUGUGGAGCUGAUGGGGAGGCUUUCUGAAUAGCAUGGCCCUUCGCCAUUAGCCUUGCCAUGACCACAUUUUUCACCAGCGUCCCUCCCUGGAUUCAAGAUGCAAAGCAGGAGGAGGAAGUGGGCUGGAAACUAGUUCCCAGGCCUCGGGGCCGGGAGGUGGAGAGUCAAGUGAAGUGCCAAUGUGAAAUCUCGGGGACACCAUUCUCAAGUGGGGAGAAGCUGAGACCUCUCCCCCAUCCAGAGCAGAGACCAUAUAGCUGCCCUCAGCUGCACUGUGGCAAGGCUUUUGCCUCUAAGUACAAACUGUAUAGGCACAUGGCCACCCACUCAGCUCAGAAACCUCACCAGUGUAUGUACUGUGAUAAGAUGUUUCACCGCAAGGAUCAUCUGAGGAACCACCUGCAGACCCACGACCCCAACAAAGAGGCUCUCCACUGUUCUGAGUGUGGUAAGAAUUAUAAUACAAAGUUGGGUUAUCGGCGUCACCUGGCCAUGCAUGCUGCCAGCAGUGGUGACCUCAGCUGCAAGGUGUGCCUACAGACCUUUGAAAAUACCCAGGCCCUGCUGGAGCAUCUGAAGGCGCACUCACGCCGUGUAGCAGGCGGUGUCAAGGAGAAGAAGCACCCCUGUGACCACUGUGACCGGCGCUUCUAUACUCGAAAGGAUGUGCGGCGGCACCUGGUGGUGCACACAGGCCGGAAGGACUUUCUCUGCCAGUACUGUGCCCAGCGGUUUGGCCGCAAGGACCACCUGACCCGUCACGUCAAGAAGAGCCACUCACAGGAGCUGCUCAAGAUCAAGACAGAGCCCGUGGACAUGUUAGGCCUGCUCAGCUGUAGCUCCACAGUUAGUGUGAAGGAAGAGCUGAGUCCUGUGCUGUGUAUGGCCUCUCGGGACAUGAUGGGGACCAAGGCUUUCCCUGGCAUGUUGCCCAUGGGCAUGUAUGGUGCCCACAUCCCUACCAUGCCCAGUGCAGGCAUGCCACACUCCCUGGUGCACAACACGCUACCCAUGGGCAUGAGCUACCCUCUGGAAUCCUCGCCUAUCUCUUCCCCAGCUCAGCUUCCUCCAAAAUACCAGCUUGGAUCUACCUCAUACUUGCCCGACAAAUUGCCCAAAGUGGAGGUGGAUAGUUUUCUGGCAGAGCUUCCUGGAAGCCUGUCUCUCUCAUCCACUGAACCCCAGCCCGCCUCACCUCAGCCGGCGGCAGCUGCGGCCCUCCUAGACGAAGCACUGCUCACCAAGAGCCCCGCCAACCUCUCUGAGGCCCUCUGCGCUGCUAACGUGGACUUCUCCCACUUAUUGGGCUUUCUUCCACUCAAUCUGCCCCCCUGUAACCCACCCGGAGCCACAGGAGGUCUGGUCAUGGGUUACUCUCAGGCUGAGGCACAGCCCCUUCUCACCUCUUUGCAAGCUCAGCCUCAAGAUUCCCCAGGACCCGGGGGUCCACUGAACUUUGGGCCUCUGCACUCUUUGCCACCUGUCUUCACUUCUGGCUUGAGUACCACCACCCUGCCUCGUUUCCAUCAGGCAUUCCAAUAGCCCCCAAGGAGACCUUUAGCUCAGUCUUGGGCUCUUAUCAGGGAGCCUCAGUACCUACCCCAUCCACAUCCCCCAUGAAGGCAGCUGAGCUUUUGAGAGCCGGGUUCAAAAA